AUGUAGUGUUUCCGUUUCCGGUUCCGGUUCUGUCGAGUCUGGCGCGCACUUCAAAACACAGCGAAGAAACGCGGGCAGAAGAAGCAGCGACUCUAACUUAUUACCGACACUUAUCGUUUAAUACAGCACGACGGAACCGUGUCCGGUGAGGUGUGUGAAGAUGAUUCCCACUGCUACCAGGAAGAGGAAGCUCUCCUCUCUGGACUCGGACAGAGUGAGGGACGAGAUGUCCCCCCUGAAGAGGAGAUCCCCCAGGAAACCCCGUCAGUCUCCCACCAAGAAGAAGCAGGUCGGGGGUCUGCUCAAGGAGAACCGCCCCUCCACACAGAAGUCCCCACGUAGAGCUGAAGGCUCUCCGGUGAAAUCUCCUCCUCCAUCUCCGUUCAAACCUUCAUUGGUUACCGGGUCCUUCUAUGGCCAUAACAAGCCCGUCUAUCUCACUCCUCUGGAGAGGAAGGCCAUAAAGGAGUCGCUGCCCCCCCGUCCUCCUCCCUCCCCUCCUGUCCCGGAGAUGAAGAAGAGCAGGAGGAAGGUUAAAGGAGGCAGUAAGAAGAGAAAGGCAGCUGCAGGAUCGGGUCAAUCGGGGAAGACGGGCGCCAAAACCAAAUCUUCAAAGACGAUCCCGCUGCCCAAACUCAACAGCAGUGUUGCUAUGACUGCCGCGCCUGCGCCUGCCGCCAGCACCAGGCCGGCGGAGCCCAAGAAAGCAGUCGGCGUCACGUUCAGCAGCCUGAAGCCCAAACCCAGGAUCUUCGUGGGGGCCGCCUUCUUCGGCACGGGGAAGAAACCCACGUCCAUGUUCAAGAAAUCUGCCCCGAAACCCUCAACCAGGCCGGCUCCGGGACCGGCAAAACCCAACGCCGUAUCGCAGCGGGCGACGAGUGAGGACUCAACGCCAGCUGCUGUGAAACCUCGGGAACAGACUGCUGACCUGGCCGAGGAGCAGCCCAGCACCAAGCACAGAACCAGGUUUGAUGCGUCCGACUGGAUGGACCCAGCAGACCCGACGGACUCUGAUGGACCGCCUGGAACUCCACAGCCGUUAAGCUCUCCUAAGAUGUUGUCUGAGAGGUAUGGGAUCACCAAGGCGCUGACGAUUGUGUUGUCCCGGACUCCCACGGCGAGUCCUGGAUCCUCAGCUGGAUCCCCCAGUCCUCUGGAUGUUGGCUCUGAGCCAAUGUUUUACCUGAGUGACAUGAGUCCCAGCAGUGCUGCUGCCAGCCCCCCCAAAGACUCUGCAGCGGUGUAUCCCAUCUUUGGCUCCGCCUCCAAGAGGUUAAAGAAUGCGGCGUUGCAGCCGCCGCCGUCCUGCAGCGCCCCCUCUGGCCAGACUACACCACUACAGACCACGCCUUCAGUUAAAGAGCGCCCGGCUCGCAGGAGACAAGGGAAGCAGGAUGAAGACCAGCUCAUCAUCGAUGCGGGUCAGAAGCAGUUCGGAGCGAUGACCUGCAGCUCCUGUGGGAUGGUCUACAGCGCAGACAACCCAGAGGACCACUUCCAGCACAACCAGUUCCACCAGCGCUUCCUGGAGUCCAUCAGAUUUGUGGGCUGGAAGAAGGAGCGGGUGGUGGCCGAGUUCUGGGAUGGAAAAAUCCUCCUCGUCAUGCCGGAUGAUCCCAAAUACGCCGUUAAAAAGGACUCGAUGGAGGAGAGUUUCGACGAGGACGCGUACUACCAGAGGCUGGGGACCAGGCCGGGUCUGGAUGCCGAGGCUCUGGGCAGCUCUUACCGGAGGAUGGUGGAGCUUUUCUAUCUCUGCACGGAGGAAGACCCCAAGAAGAGGCCCUCAGCCACCCAGAUCCUCCAGGCCUUAGAGAGCAAUGCCCCGCUGGAUAAAAUGCCCAGUGAGGUGAUAGUUAUCGACUGA